AUGAAUAAAGAAGUGGAAGAAAUGCAGCGUGAUAUUGCACUUUCGACAAAGAAAACUGCGCUAUCAGUGCAAGCAUAUGCAAUUGUCCGCAACAUUCCGCAGGCAUAUCAUGCAAGACACUUGCGGUAUUUCUUUUCACACCAUGUCGAAAAUGGACGAUUUCACUGUUUCCAUUACCGGCAUCGACCCGAAGUACAUAUUGAUAGUGAUGCAGACGAACCAACAACUUCCAAAGAACAUAAACGUUUUUGCUGCGUUGUUUCAUUUAAAAAUGAAAAAGAACGAGCUGCAUGCAUCAAGCAGUACCACUUGAAGUUUUGGAUUGAUGAGAAGGGACUUCAGAUGGCGUUAAAGUGUUUCAUUUUCCCUCUAAAAAGUUACGAGGUAUCAGAUGUGUCAGCAAAUUUAGAUUUUCGUUCUUUCAUUGAACUCAAACCACCAAGUCUUAUGCCUCAUGGAAACGUUGGUACUCCAACGAAAUUUUUCUUCGAACAAAUUCGCCUUUGCAAAUUACCGCCAACCGUUCUUACAAAAUUGGGUAUCAAAGCAAAAAAGCGUGUAGGCAAAUACAGCGCUGUUUGUUUCAAAUACAGUGGAAGUGAAGAAGCUAUUAUUGUCGGUUGCAAAGAGGAAAAGAUUUCUUCGUCUUUGGAGCCAGGAAACACCCCAGAAGAAAUACCCGAUUGUGAAUUUGAGCUGGAAAAUGACAAUGGAGUAGAGGAUGACGAUGACCGUUGUGAGGAGUGGGAACGUCAUGAAGCUCUUCACGACGAUGUUACGGAGCAAGCACGUAUCAAACCAAGAAAGUAUGAGACAGAGCAGGAAGUGACGUGGGAGAAGGGAGGGCCAGGUCUUGUCUGGUAUACGGAUGCAUUUUUUUGGAAUGAAUUAGAAGAAGGGAAAGAUAGCGAUUGGAAAUGGGUUGAUAAUUGGGAUGUUGAUUAUUCUAUUUAUUAUGAUCGGAAAGAUGGUGAUUUUGAUGCAAAGCAGUCAGUGGAAAUAUUGGAGGAUCAAAAGCUGAGAUCAGGUGAGGUUGUCCAUUCAGUUUUCAAGAAGAAGAUGAAAAAAAGGCAUUACGAAAGCAUUGGGAGGCCUUUAUCAACUAUUGUCUUCGGUCAAUUUGAAAUUCAUACGAAAGGGAUCGGUAGUAAAAUCAUGAAAAGUUAUGGUUGGUCUCCCGGCUUAGGUCUUGGCCUACACAAUUUGGGACGUCUCGAAACUGUUUCAAUGGAGAUGGAAGAAGUUUGCAGUGUUCAAACUAACAAUGAAAGAAGGGGUUUGGGAUACCGGGGUGAAAAACUGCGACGAACCGGUUUCUUUAAACCGAAGAGCCACACAAUCGCUACAAAGUAA